AUGAAUGUGUAUAUAGACCACGAAAAUGAACCUGUACUUGAUUGGGCUAAUAUGGAAGUAGUAGAAGAUGAUGAAGGGCAUUACUAUGAGAAAGACCCGGAUGAUGAUAAUGAUUCACAACUUUCUGAUGACAUUCUAUACGAGGAUGAAGCAGAAGAUUACAUUCCUUCUCUUGACAAGAGUAUUGGUGAUGAAUUCUUACAUUGGGUGUUCGGUAUUUGUAAGGAUACAAAUGAUGAGGUUGAAACCAAUAAUGGGGAUGAAAAACCUGUAUACCCUGUCCAUAAUGAGAACCAUAAACAGGACAAAAUGGUGCUAGUUCCAGAGGUUAUUAGUAAGAUGUUGUAA